GUCAACAAGCAUCAUCUACUGAACCGUCAUAACAAAAUACAUUCGAGCAGCAGCAUCAUCAACAACAUGGUAGAAAUGAAAAUGUUUCUGUUCCUGACCCUUGUUGUCAUGGUAGUUGUAUGUGAAGAACAAGAAAAGCCAAUAUUAGCAGAAAUAGUAGCUAAGUUAGUUGAAGAAUACCCAGAGUUGGCAAAGCACUUUGGAAAUGAGGUCCUAGCCGAUUUAGAAGACGAUAAUGUGAAUGUUAAUGAACAAGAGUGGCCAGUGUUAACAAAAAUAUUGGCUUACAUAAUUGAAGAAUACCCAGAGAUGGCAGAACACUUCAGAAAUGAGGUCAUAGCUGAUUUAGAAGCCGAUAAUGUGAAUGUUAAUGAUAUUUCGUCAUAAGAAUAACAUACAGUAUAGCUGUACUGUUAUACCCACAUAACGUGGACUGAAUGGAUUGAAAUAAACAUUCGGAAACCUUA